UCUUAUCACAUAUUCAAGAUAGAGGGCGAUGCUGCCCUCGUUUGGUGUCUAUCCUGCAACUACAGUAUUGGUAAUUUGUGGCUUUAGUCGGUUCAAUUUCGAAGAAGAGUAUUAUAACACAAUCAAGAUGGGUAAAGAUUGGGGAACUCUUGCCAAAAUGAGUGGCAUUACAUACUUCCGUCUCAGUUCAUAUGAACAGAAAGCUUUUUCUGGAAUGAUCAAAGACGGAUUACCUAACCUCAUGCGUACCGUUCAACAACUUGCACUACGAGCGGGACCUUUUUUUUUGGGCACUUAUUUGUUGAUGGAAUGGGCAGACGCAGAAUAUCGUAGAUUAAAUCGUAAACCUUACAGUCAUUAGUUCUUAACGUAAAAAUAUUGUAUGUAAUUAGUUACUAUUAAUAUGUAAUAUUUAAUAGUAAAAUAAAAUUUAACAUCUU